AUGCCAAUCAGUAUCCACGACUGCAGUGGCUUCGAUGUUGCUCAGCUAAAAAGCAAGAUAAAGGACACAAAAAGAGCCGUGUUCAUAAAGUUCUCAGUCGAAGGAUGUGCCCCGUGCAAAUACCUUAAGGAUGACAUCAACAGAUACAAAACAGAUUUCAACCAGUCUAGGAAAGACUUGAAUGUCGACAUUUUCGAGAUCAACGGCACAUUCUCCUCCACAUGCCCGUUUUUCAACAGCAUGUGUGCAGACUUCCAAAUAUCUGCAUUCCCUACAAUCGUGAUGGUCGACCAGAACAUGAAGCCGAUUGGUAAUGACACAGGAAGGAUAAUCGGCAGCAAGAUAGAAAAAUUGAAGGAGCUCAUCAGCAGCAACAGCGAGAUGUUCAAGGCCACAGCUUGA